UCUUUACAAACGUUCGUGUGCGAGGCGUGGUUUAGGAACGCGCCCAUAACAGAGCGUUUAGUUUAGUUGGCUGUGACAGCAAACGGUGGCAUAUCCAACAUCCGUUUCCGUGUAAUUUUUGGUCGAUUAUAUAGAUCGAUCGUAUUUUUUGGCCAGUUGCUUUAGAACCAUUCAAGGAGGCCAAAAACAAGCUGACCAUCAUGAACCCAUUGUGUGGCAGAUGUGACAAGAUUGUGUACCCUACAGAAAAAGUAAAUUGUUUGGACAAGUAUUGGCACAAAGGAUGUUUCAGCUGUGAGGUCUGCAAAAUGACUCUGAAUAUGAAGAACUACAAAGGCUUUGACAAGAAACCCUACUGCAGCCAGCACUACCCUAAAACAUCCUUCACCAUCGUGGCUGAUACACCAGAGAACCUUCGACUCAAGCAGCAGAGCAAGAUGCAGAGCCACGUGCUAUAUAAAGAGGAUUUUGAGAGGAACAAAGGGAAAGGCUUCAGCGUGGUGGCUGAUACACCAGAACUGCAGAGGGUCAAGAAGACGCAAGAUCAGAUUAGCAACAUAAAGUAUCAUGAGGAGUUUGGGAAAAGUCAGAUGGGGGGAGAGGGCUCACCCACUGAUGCCUACGGCAAUCAGGGCUUCCAGCCGCCAGCUCACUCGCCGAGCUACAACUAUGAUCCACAGCCUGCGCAUUCAGCUGCUGCUCCACUGCCCUCUAGUGGUGGGAAACGUUACAGGGCUGUGUAUGACUAUGCCGCUGCCGAUGAGGAUGAGGUAUCGUUUGCAGAUGGCGACUUGAUAGUGGACGUGCAGCAAAUAGACGAAGGCUGGAUGUUCGGACGCGUGGAACGCACAGGACAGCAGGGCAUGCUCCCAGCCAACUAUGUAGAGGCGAUCUGAGGAAAAUAUUGGCCUUGAUCUGAGACAAGACAGAAGAAUUCAACCAGACAUCUAGGCUUUAGCUAGACUGACAAAGCUGAAAUGCUUAGAACAAAACCACUUGCGGUUUUUUUUUUUUUUUUUUUUUUUUUAACUUCCCAUUUGGCUUUUUGCUUUGCUGUUUUUAGGUUCUUCCUGCAAUGCUGCAUAUUUUUGAUGGGGUGUGUAAUGCUUUGUCGCUGCAUUUAAAUCGUUCUGUCUUUGAUUUUAAAACCGCAGUAAAGUAGGUCAAACUUCCCCUGGACCUUUUUUACAACAAUUGGGCAAUGGCAAUCAUUACAAUAGGGCUGAAUAAUCUCCUGGGAAUUUUUUUCUAUUAUGUAAAUGGCCAUAAGAAUGGACAACAUUCAUCAUGCAAACAAUGUCUUAAGCAAUACAAAGUCUGACCACAAGCGCUGCAGAACUGUUACAGACUCCCUUUGCCUCUGGAAUACUGUAUUGUGCACUUUGAGGGAAUUCUAAAAACAAUAUAAGGUUUUUUUUGUUUUUUGUUUUGUUUUUUGACAUGUAGGUACAAUGCUGUUGUCCUUCCAGAAUUAGAGGAACCACAAAACAAUGAGGUCUUACAUAUAUAUAUAUAUAUAUAAACAGUGCAUAGAAUAUCAUUCCAUUGUUAUUUUGUAACAAAAGCAUUCUAGUCCAUUAUUUUGAAAAAUAAAGUAUAAUGCUGUGAAAGUG